GCGAAUCCCUUCUGUUGUAUGUUUUUAUCUUCUAUUCAUUUUUGUUUCCUGUUUUUCUUGGCUUGAUAUUCAAUUUUAUUCGCUUCCAUUUGAAUUCAUCGUGGUGACGCUGGAGCGCGUGGCCAUUUUCUAAUCAUGGGAACCCGUGCGCGAGCUUCCAAUUUACAUCUAAAUUCCCUGCUAGGCGAAGGUAUCCUUGGUUUAGGCCGUUCAGGCGAUGGCCACAGAAGCUCGCCUGACAUAGCUCAGGGUGUAAACCUAGGACCUAUUUCCGGCAUCACCGGCCCACUUCUGAAGAGCAACGAAGAUACAUCAAUGAUAGCUAAAGUAGCAGAAGGCAGGGCUACCGCCGAUCUGCAAUACAGAAACAAGACUUUCUCAGCGAAAGGACCCAGCUCGCCACCGAGGUUACAUUUAGACUUACCAUCUUUUCACUGGUAUAGUUCACGACUGGGUAAAUGGUUUGCUGACCCCAGUGUUAGUGAUGAAAAGCUGGCUGGCCCUGACUUAGCACCACUGGCCACCGGAAUUCCAGCAACCUUCCAAGAAUACUAUACGUCGUCACAAGGCGAGGUGUGGCUGUCAUCAAACAGUUUGGUGUAUCCUGGCACCUCAUUUAGGUUGCCCAUCAGGUGCCUCCUAUUGGGCGAUGGAGUAUAUUUCCAACAACGUUUUCGGAAGGCUGGCUAUCAGCACCUGGGGCUUAGGGCUCAGACUUCUUCACAGUUCGAGUCUGCAACCGACUGCAGGUUAUGGCGUCUGCAAAGAGGCCUGGGUAGCAACGACUUUCCACGUUCGGCCUACAGGAAUGGAGUGGGGCUACAGUCUGGGCUCGGAGGCCCCAAAAUAAACCUAGUCUUGUCCGGCUGCGGCUGUUCGACGCUGAUCCCCAAGGCAAUUCAAAUGGGUAUGGCCGCCAAGGUACUUCAGAUCACCAUGACACGUUGCAUAUGGUACGACGGCCAGCGGCAUCGCAACCCACCUUUCUCCUAA